UAAUGGUGGAGUGAGGCGACCGCUUAGGUGACCGCUUCCGGUGAGCGCUGUAAUUCUGAGCACGUGCAGUCGCAGACCUGAACUUAUUUGGCAGAAGUCGUGAACAAGUGGUUGACGAAGCUGGAGUCACGGACCCGUUUCUUAUCAUUUAUUAACUUCCUCCGUCGGGUGACCGUGGAGCGCCCUGAUCAUUACAUUCCCAAGUGCUGUGGGAGAAGAAAUUAGAAACUUGCUGUAACAGUGUAAGGCAUUUGCUUUUCUGAUCCCGUGGUGUUUUGCCAUGUUUUUGAACUUGUGACUGAUUGGUCCAUAGUUAAUUGACCAAGCGACAGGGCUUUUGUGUUAGACUUUGUGCAACCUCCGUGGUCAACUGGCAGCAAGUUAUCCACUGUCUUAUUUUAGCUGGUCUGUCAUGGCAAGGAGAGAGCCUCUAACUGUGAUGCCACUGACUGCUCUCUGGUGCCUUCUGUGGCUCGUUUCAACCCUUCUGCAGCAGUGCUGUGCAAAUGUUUGGACAUCAAAGUCGCCCGUCUAUGAAUUGGAGGGAAUCACUGAGGAGCCCCUGGACUACCUAGUGCAGAUACAUGCAGACCAUCACCAACGACAUCGCCGAGAGUUGCCAACGCAGCAGCCUGAGACGGACGCAAAUGUGACGGUAAUUGUGGAGGACAAUCACAGAUACUAUACAUCUCAGUGCUUCCGGUCCGACGCUGGCGGGAGUGCAUUCUGGGUAGACUUGGACGAUCAGCGGAUAAGACCCCUCGUUGAAGCUCCUGAAACUCUAGCAACUGGCGCAAGAAAUGGAAAGAAUGUUCACCUCAACUUUGUAUUCCCUUUCUAUGGCCAUGAAGUCAGUUCCCUUGUUAUCACCACAGGAGGGUUCAUUUAUGCUGGGUCAUACAUCCACAAACAUUUGGCAGCCACCCAGUACAUAGCACCAUUAAUGGCCGACUUUUCUCCCUUGGAGUCAUCUCCAGUCACCGGGGUUCGCUAUUUCGACAACGGAACUGCUUUGACAGUGGAAUGGCGAGAACAGAAUCUUUUGGGCAGCAUUCGAGCUGGCAUAUUCACAUUCCAAGUAACAGUGGUUAAGGAUGGCAGAAUCAUAUUCGCGUACAAAGAGAUCCCUAUUCCGGUUGACAGUAUCUCCGAUGCAAGGCAUCCUGUGAAAGUGGGCAUAGCUGACGCUUAUUACAUUGAUGAACUCAUUGCACCAUUUACCAAAAAGAGGGAGAUCUUUGAGUACCACAGUAUUGAUAUCGAUACCUCAAAGGUCAGCAGUGGAACUGCAAUUGUCAUUUCUCCUCUUCCAACUUGUAAUCUGAAGACGUCCUGCAGUAGCUGUGUUGCCGGCGAUGUUGCCUUCAAUUGCACCUGGUGUCAGCAGCUGAGCAAGUGUUCAGACGGCCUUGACCGACACAGACAGGGCUGGCUGCAGAGUGGAUGCCAUGAGCCGGAGAAUUACAUUGAUGAUGUUACCAAGUGCCCGGAAUACAUCCCCCCGACAGAGGCUCCAAGUCGGCGUCCAACAGCGCCACCUGCCAAUGUGAAAGUUAAGGAUACAACCACAGUGCAGAAUGCGGUGGCUACAACCAAACAGAAAGCCAUGACAGGCCCCACAGUAGGCGACUGUGAAGGAGUUGAGUGUCAGCAUGGUGGCACUUGUGAUCAGGGCCUCUGUAAAUGUCCAUCAAAGUACCAAGGAGCCAGGUGUCAGAAAUACGUAGAGAACCACUGUCAGGGCGUUGCAUGCAAAAAUGGCGGCAGUUGCGUGGAGGGCCUGACCACCCACUUUUGUGACUGCCCAGUAGGAAUCUCAGGCACUUACUGUGAGGUCGUGGAUGGUCCAGCCACCCAGUCAAAGCCCUCGUCCAGUGCCAAACUGACUGUUGGUGCUAUCAUCAGCAUCAUCCUGAUCACCCUGCUGGUCCUGGGCCUGUUCUUCUGGGCCGUCUAUGCUUACCGGCACCCAACCUCACCCUCGGGACUGUUUAUUCUAGAGGCCAAGCACAGAAUAAGGGGCAGGGGUCGAGGGGCAAACGGUGUCAAGUACAAGUAUCAUCAGCAUAUGGAGGGCAACCAGAUCGACUUCCAGAUCUGAUGGAGGCCUAAGGACCUGCAUUUUGUGGCUGCUGAAGGCACUGUGGAAGCUUGGAGUGGAUUGAUGUAUGAUGCACAGGAAUUUUUUUUCUGUCUUUGAUAAUCCUGCUUUUAGUUGUUUUGCUUUUUACUCUCUGCACCAAUGUCUGUCGUCAGAUGUUCAGUUCGUGUGUUCUGCAUCUUGUGAUAUACAAUCUAAAGGACAAUAGUUUCCAAACUCUGUAAAGGAAUAAUUGGUGGCAUACUUAGGCAAGGGGAGGCACAUGCUUGGACUUAAAGUGGUACAAAGGGAAGACCAGACCAGUCAACAAUGGGGGAGGGGGGGACGGAGGCCCCUGGCAAGCAGAUGGCUCCCGGUCGGCUAAACCUAUUUACAAACAUCAAAAUUAUCAAUAUUGUUCUUGUGAUGUGCCCCCCCCAGCUGGAACUGUGGGGGAGGAGGAGGGGCUUUGGGCCCCUCCCCCUUUUCGAGCAGGGGAUGGCCCCCACACCCACACACUUUUUGCAGGUUCUAUAAUAGGGUGGGGCUUAAUGGAUUGGCCUGUAAUUGGUUGAUGCCUGAUGGUCUCACAACUGGCCCUCCUACUUUGAAAAUUGUUCCGCCACUGCCGUUAGCCUGCUGACUACGUUAUGGGCUCUGGUGUGUUACACUACAGUGUUUGUAUCAGUGAUAGAUUUCCAAUGGGCACAGGAUAGACAGUGUCUCGGUCCUGUGAAAAAUUUGGGGCCUGCAAAAGUUGAGGACUUAUAAAAUGCCGGCGCGCCUUAAACAUGCACACACAGCCCCACCACCGGCGGCGGAACGAUUUUCGAAGUGGGGGCAUCAGUUGUUAGACUAUCAGGCACGAGCCCUUAAUAAUAGGUUGGUCCAUUAUGCCCCACCCAAUUAUAGAACUCGCAAAAAAGUGGGGGGAAGGGCAAGGCACCCCCAGUCGAAAAGGUGGAGGGGGGCCACUGGCCUCCCUGCUUCCACCGCCAGUGACCACCCUCACUUACUCCUGUGUACAUAAACUAGUGUUUUCAAAAGUUCUUGCAUCUCUCUUGGAACUUUUCACUUCUGGGGAGGCUACAAAGUAGCACAUGGAUUUGUGCAACUAAGUCGCAACCAAAAAUACAAGGCUUCAGUGUGCUUAUUGGCACCCUGAUAUGAACAAGAGUAGUACCUUUUGAGACUAAAUAUAUGGGGCCCAUUGCUUAAUCUGUGGCCUUGGCUUGCAUUCACUGUUUUUAAUAGCUUGACCGCAUAAGUGCAGCAUAGAUAUUUGCCUUAACUGUACACUUGUCCACAGAGUGUCCUGUGGGUGACUGCUUGUGGGCGCGGUGCCCAGGACAGCAUUUGUUCCUUUUAAAAUGCUUUUGCAGACAGAAUGUAAAGUUGUGUUGUUCCUUGGAGCAGUCUGUGUGUUCGGGGUAAAUUUUUUAAAGUUGUCAUUAAUACAAUUAAAUUAACAGAUUUAUACUUGAACAGGCAAUUUGAAAUGAUAGGUGAACCAAACUGCAGUAAUUCCGAUAAACCGGGAGAGUUUCGCCGAAGUAUGGCAUUGGAGAAAAAAAGGAACAAGAACUGUGCUUUACUCUGGUGCUUUGUAAGUUUAGUUAUUAAAGUUAUUAUUUUGGGUUGCCGAUUAUCUUCUGCUUAUGUUAAUAAACUGCAUGCUUAAUUAAGUCAUGAUUGUAAAUAAAUGAUUAGAUGAUUGGCAAAAGUUUGUUCCAGUGAAAGAGAGCCAAGUAUUUCCUAAACUUUGUCACAGAGUUUUUUAUCCAGAGAUUGAUUGUCCAGCUUUUGUUGCACUGACAGGAGAUGAGAUUCGUUCAUAUUUUUGUAGUUGAUAGAAGGCAAAUUAGACUCAGUCAUCAUUGGUGUCAUUUUGGUAUUCCGUUGAAUGAUGAACAGCGCUUUUGUGUGGAGUACGGUGUGUGCAGAUUUGUAGUUAGUAGCUGUCAGGGCCAGCGUAGUGUAAGUGUAACGAUAUAUAUAUAUCUAUAUUUUUUUUUUCAUGGUACAAUGCACGUCGUGAUACUGAGGUCCCGGUACAGUAUGCAUUGCAGGAGGUUUUUACUUUAGUUGAAGUUUGGGCAGCUGUUGGAUGCAUAUGUGCAAUUUUUACUCAUGUCUUUAUUCACAAAUUAGUCAUGCUCUGUGCUUGUGGUGUGGAUUUUUUUAUGUGCGUUUUCCUCCUGUGUACAGCUACAUAUGCAACUGCUGCAGUUGCUUACUUCUAUUUAAUGUUCAUUUCGGAGGCCUAAUAUGAAGAGGCCACUAUAUAUCCACGUUGUACGAGAUACGUCUUCCACAAACUGGUACUGCUCUUCACCUGAAAUAGUCUUACAUGUGUACUUUCAGUAGAUGCAAUCUACACUGUAUUCACAGCCGAGUACCCGGAAAAUAGCCUCUUGUAUCACGACGCUGUCUCACAAACUUCUCAUUUGUAAUAAUUGUAGAGGAGAGAGAAUUGUAGAGGAGAGAGAAUAGCAGGUUUAUGUGAAGAGGAUAACGUUAAAAAGUUACGAGGCAGUGGAUAGAAAGAAAUCUGUACAUUUUUGUUGAUGGUUGUGGUACAUUAUUUCAGUUUUUGUAUAGCAUGUGCUACACGUUUGCCUUUUCUUGAAAUGUUUGUUUGGUUGAAUUUGAGAAGGUUGUUGAUAGAAAUAGAUCCACCCUUUGUGUUCAACUAGUCUUGGUACCAUUUUUCACUUUUUUUGGACACAAAGAACGGUACUUAUACGCACAGGUAUCACGCACGCAUUGAUCAUGUGUUGCGUUCGUGAGUUACGGCCUUAGGGCUCCUCCCUCAUCAGAUGGGACCUGAGUCAAUUGCCAGCCCCAGAACGUCAAGAUGUCCAAUGAGCCAGAACUGUUGAAUUCAUGGCAUACUUCUGUGGUCAUUGAUUGAGGCCUGCGCUGAAGAUUAGCUGUGGUUUGAAAAAAAAAAUCCUCAUUGUCAUGCUGCACUGCUAUGACUUGUGCGUGUGAAAUUAUGAGGCCGCUGGGUCUUUUCAAAGCAUUUGCAAUGGAUGCUCUUCAGUUUACAUGUGUCUUUUAUCGUAUAGAAGGAUAACUUUCAGCACUUUGAUAAAAUAUAAGAAAUUGGGAUAGAAAUAUCUUUCGAUUAUCUCUGUAUCAUGUUAUGUAGAUUUAUGAAGGGAGGAAGAUGCAGUUGGCCGGUCUUAAACUUUGAAGACUAGGUCAGGUGAAUGGACACUGAGAAUAUCCUCACCUGUAGCUCAGGCAUACAAGUCGCAUCCAUUCUCCUGAUUAAACUUAAGAUUACAAAUUUCCAAUAAUUUUGUUUAUAUCACAACUUUUUGUUUUCCAAUACCUCUUACAGGUAGUCCUACUCCUUAUUCUUCAACUACACACAAAAUCACACACUGACACCAUGUUUGACUUUUAGCAUAAAUUUCGAGUGGCUAGUUUAUUUGGUUUGUCAUUUUCAAAGCAAGUACUUUUGGCCACACUUGGCAAAAAAAUAAAUGAUAUUCAGAUUGGCAUGCACGUGG